CACGCACAUCUUCAAUUCAGUGUGCACUAACAUUGUACAUUUUUCUAUAACUGUUUCAUUCCCUCGUUCUGUUAGCGGCCUUAUCUCAAUUUCUGUUACAAACAUUCAGCAGCGCCCAAAGUUGGCCUCUUCCAGCUACCCAUCAACAACUACUUUUACAUUCGAGUCAUCCCACCUCCACCCUCACAAGUCUCUAAAACAAGAUGUUCAAGAAGAAACCACAGAUCAAGAACCUCUCUCCUCUGCGAUCUUCCGACCGUCGAAAACUAGCAGAUCAAAUAAUCUCAGACUAUAAAGUUCAUAUCCCUACCCUACAAGAAAUUGAUACAACGAUCUCCAGCGAAGAAGCCCAGGCAGUGGCGUCUUCGAACAACCCCACGCCUGCUCUCGCCUCUACGCGAACCUCAUUAGUCCCAGAAACAUGCCUAUCUGCUCGGUUUUCGACCCAUGCCGGGCCUAAUGCUACACUGGUGUCAGGGACAGUCUAUGUGGGUGCACAUCCCGGACAGGAAGAGCGAAUCUUAUGGAUCCAGUACGGGAAAGAUGCGAAAUUGUAUCCUACCGUGUACACACUAUGGCACAAUCCAGGCUUGGUGCCAUUACUACAUACUCCGGACUUUGUGAUAGAGAAACUCCAAACAGGCGCAGAUCUGAUGACCCCAGGCCUCGUUGGUGGACCACCCUGGCCGGAGGCUGCCAAAACAGGUGCCGUCGUGGCUGUCGCUGGGUUGGAAAGACCAAGUGUACCGGUGUGGGUCGGAACAUGCAAGAUUGACAUAUCCAGUCUGGGACGGGUGCAGGGCACUAAGGGUGCAGCGGUUGAAGGUGUCCAUUGGGACGGUGACGAGAUUUGGAAUUGGAGCUCUACAGGUAGUGGCGGGCGAGCUGCACCAGAAAGAAUUGAAGAUUGGGAACUCGAGUUCAAGGGUGCCGAAGAAAGAUUGGCGGGUCUCGAUCUGGAUGAAGAUGAGGACGCUCAAGAAGAAGGCGGUGUCGCGCUCGAGCCGGCAACGGUCAAGCAGAAUGGCAACACUCCAAUCGAUGGUUCGAUCGAGGCCGAAGAAGAAGCACCCGAGCGAGAGCCAACGACUGCCGAAGUCGAUGAUGCCUUCCGUGAUGCCUUUCUUUACGCUGUGUACGAUGCAAAGAAGAAUGGCGAGCCGCCACAUUAUGGCAUAGACUUUCCUAUCCAGCCUUCGUUCCUGAUAGCAAACAUGGUCCAGCCUCACUUGCGUUUCCAAAACCAACAUUACACGAUCAAGAAGACCUCGUGGAAGAACACCAAGAAAUUCAUCAAAUACCUGGACAAAGCAGUUCUUGUCAAAUCAAAGGACCGGAACGGAGGUGAAACCGUCAUCUUGGAUGUUGACUUUGAAGAUGACAAAAUCCGCAAUUUCACUCCCUACAGAUUACCGAAGCCGAAGCCUCAACCUUGUAACGGUGCGAACGGGGACUCCAAGCUCGCCGUGAACGGAGGUGGCGAUCCAUCUGUAGGUCAGAAGCUCAGCAUACAGACGGUGUACCGCGCUUCCAGCAAACUCGUGCCCGAUCUGAUACCGUCCAAGACCACAUUUUAUACGGCGUCACAAGUGUCGGCAUUCUUGAAAAGGUAUAUCGAAAACAGCCCCGAGCUGACGACGGGCACGUCCUCACCACGCUUCGUCAAGCUCAACCCUUUCAUUGCCAACAACAUCCUCUCCUCCCACCUCUCCGGCGGCGAUUCACGGAUAAUGGCAGCGGGAGAGAUGGCCAGAGACGCUCUUCUCAAACGGGUCCUCGACGACUCACACCUGUGCCUACCGCACUGGGUUCUCCUCCGGAACGAUCAGAGUUAUGAUUCUGAGAAUCCCGACCCGAUAUUGAGACCGAAAGCGGGACCGCCGCCGCAGGUGAAUGUGGUUCUGGAGAAGCGAUCCGGAACCAAGACGGCCACCAAGAUUUCGGGGUUGGAAACAUUCGGCGUCAACCCUCACACCCUCGGUCCCGAACUCCAGAAGAAGUGUGCGGGCAGCGCCAGCGUGGGCCAACACGUCGGUGGGAAGCCUGGCAUGUUGGAGAUUUUGGUGCAGGGGGACCAGAGGGACGUGGUGGAAAAGGAACUCGGAAGGAGAGGCGUGGAUAGAAGAUGGAUCGUCUUUGAAGACAAGACCAGGAAGAAAAAGAAGUGAUUACAUGUCUCUUCGUCUCUACGAGAUCUAUCCUGGUCUGCAGAGGUCGGGCGAGGUGUCGGAUCCGUACGACUGGUGUUCUCGACUCAAUAUCUGCCAUGGACCCCAUCAUCAGUGAAUGAAAUGAAGCAAUGAACAAAAUUUGAAAGAUUUUACACUCCCUUGUACCUGGGCACGUUUGCACACGACACAUACGGUGGC